GGUGAGCCUGUACAGCCUACCUGUGGCUCCAGGCCACAGGUAUUCGUGACAACACACCAGAGUCGCCAGCUGUGAGUGAACACUUUGUUCUCAAUGGACGUGGCACUUCAAGGUCAAGUGGUGGAGUUUGGGCAAACAAUUACACCGCUCUUGUAUCUUUACUGUUGUGUAUAUCCCACACCAUUAUUGUGCGCACGAGUAGUCUGUCCCGCGACUAUGAAAUAUUUCUGUCGCGCGACUGUCGCUGUGUCAGGGAUCCCACUGUGAUGAAUACACACACAUGCUUAUAGUACUCGAGGAGGCGUUGUGUAGCUAGGACACCUGAGAGUGGCGAGGACUGUGGUGCAGCUGAUUCAGGCGCCAGCACUGGUCAUGAAUGUAACUGUUGUGUGAUCUGUGUCGUUGUCUGCUGGCAGACACAGACGAGAGAGAGCAGCACGCGCCCCGCAUCCCGCCAUGGCGUCCAACCAAACUGACUCAUCAGAGGAAUGGUUUAGGAAAUGGAUGACACACCGGCCAACACAGAAACUGGUUGCAGCCGUGGAAGAAGGAGGGAAGGCAAGGGUGAGGUCGGCCAUCGCCAGGGGUGCCAACCCUAAGGUCACCAUCCCCACUGAUGCAGGGCUGUCGGUGUGUCUGGUGACUGUGGCUGCCAGCAAGGGCCACCACCACCUGCUGCGUUGCUUACUGCAGGCGGGGCUGAGCAUAGAGGGUGGAGGCACCACCGACACGACACCGCUGAUGGAGGCUGCCGGGAAGGGCCACACCCAGACAGUGAAGGCACUGCUGACCCUCGGUGCGAACCCUCUGGCGACGGAUAGUAAAGGAAGGACGGCCCUCCACUAUGCUGCACUGUUUGGCCAGCAGCAGUGCGUGGUGGCCCUCACGCCUGUCACCCCUCCCACCCCCGUACACCUCGAGGCAGUCACCCCGGUGCACGCCGCCAGUUACCGUGGCCACGUGGAGGUACUGGAGGAGCUGGCGGGUGCUGGCUGGCCCCUCACCGCUAGGGACAGUGAUGGCAACACACCCCUGCACCUUGCUGCGGCGGGCGGCAGUGUGACAUGUCAGGAAUGGCUGGAGCAGCGAGGUGGUGACCCGCGCGUGCAAAACAAGGCAGGACACACACCCAGGGACACGGAACUGCUCACUGCUGUGGCUGAAGGAGACGAGGCAAGGGUGAGGUCGUCCCUCGCCAGGGGUGCCCAUUCAGAGAUCACCGUCCCCAGUGUUGCUGGAAUGUCGGGGAGUCUGGUAAGUGUGGCUGCCAUCAAUGGCCACCACCGCCUGCUGCGUUGCUUACUGCAGGCGGGGCUGAGCAUAGAGGGUGGAGGCACCACCGACACGACACCGCUGAUGGAGGCUGCCGAGAAGGGCCACACCCAGACAGUGAAGGCACUGCUGACCCUCGGUGCGAACCCUCUGGCGACGGAUAGUGGAGGAAGGACGGCCCUCCACUAUGCUGCAGCGCGGGGCCAGCAGCAGUGCGUGGCGGCCCUCACGCCUGUCACCCCUCCCACCCCCGCACACCUCGAGGCACUCACCCCGGUGCACGCCGCCAGUUACUGUGGCCACGUGGAGGUACUGGAGCAGCUGGCGGGUGCUGGCUGGCCCCUCACCGCUAGGGACAGUGAUGGCAACACACCCCUGCACCUUGCUGCGGCGGGCGGCAGUGUGACAUGUCAGGAAUGGCUGGAGCAGCGAGGUGGUGACCCGCGCGUGCUAAACAAGGCAGGACACACACCCAGGGACACGGAACUGCUCACUGCUGUGGCUGAAGGAGACGAGGCAAGGGUGAGGUCGUCCCUCGCCAGGGGUGCCCAUUCAGAGAUCACCGUCCCCAGUGUUGCUGGAAUGUCGGGGAGUCUGGUAAGUGUGGCUGCCAUCAAUGGCCACCACCGCCUGCUGCGUUGCUUACUGCAGGCGGGGCUGAGCAUAGAGGGUGGAGGCACCACCGACAGGACACCGCUGAUGGAGGCUGCCGGGAAUGGCCACACCCAGACAGUGAAGGCACUGCUGACCCUCGGUGCAAACCCUCUGGCGACGGAUAGUGGAGGAAGGACGGCCCUCCACUAUGCUGCAGCGCGGGGCCAGCAGCAGUGCGUGGCGGCCCUCACGCCUGUCACCCCUCCCACCCCCGCACACCUCGAGGCACUCACCCCGGUGCACGCCGCCAGUUACUGUGGCCACGUGGAGGUACUGGAGCAGCUGGCGGGUGCUGGCUGGCCCCUCACCACUAGGGACAGUGAUGGCGACACACCCCUCCACCUUGCUGCGGCGGGCGGCAGUGUGACAUGUCAGGAAUGGCUGGAGCAGCGAGGUGGUGACCCGCGCGUGCUAAACAAGGCAGGACACACACCCAGGGACAAGGAACUGCUCACUGCUGUGGCUGAAGGAGACGAGGCAAGGGUGAGGUCGUCCCUCGCCAGGGGUGCCCAUUCAGAGAUCACCCUCCUCACUGUUGAUGGGAUGUUGAGGAGUCUGGUAAGUGUGGCUGCCAUCAAUGGCCACCACCACCUGCUGCGUUGCUUACUGCAGGCGGGGCUGAGCAUAGAGGGUGGAGGCACCACCGACAGGACACCGCUGAUGGAGGCUGCCGAGAAGGGCCACACCCAGACAGUGAAGGCACUGCUGACCCUCGGUGCGAACCCUCUGGCGACGGAUAAUGGAGGAAGGAUGGCCCUCCACUAUGCUGCAGCGCGGGGCCAGCAGCAGUGCGUGGCGGCCCUCACGCCUGUCACCCCUCCCACCCCCGCACACCUCGAGGCACUCACCCCGGUGCACACCGCCAGUUACCGUGGCCACGUGGAGGUACUGGAGCAGCUGGCGGGUGCUGGCUGGCCCCUCACCGCUAGGGACAGUGAUGGCAAGACACCCCUGCACCUUGCUGCGGAAGGGGGUAGCGUGACAUGUCUGCGAUGGCUGGUAAAUCGAGGUGGUGACACGCGCGUGCAAAAUAAGAGUGGACAUACCCCGCUGGACACGGCCGUGCAGUUUGGCCGCCACGAGGUGGAGACUUGGCUGGUCAAAAAUAGUGGCGCUGUUGUGAGGAACGAGGAUCAGCGUGUGGAGGAAGUGAGAAUAUGGCGGCGCAGGCAUGAAAACAACCACAUCACAGUCUUGUUCUAUAUGAUGGAGGGCAACAAGGCGGCCAUGUCCCUCAUCCCCGAGGACUAUGACGGUCAUGUGCUGAACCGGGAAGGCCUGACACCCCUUCACGUCGCGGCGCUGCGCGGGGCUUCCAGUCGUGUAGUGGAGGCUUUGCUGAGACGCGGCGUGAGCCCUCAUGUGAUCACCCCUGACAACAUGACCCCCGCUGACCUGGCACGGCAAGAAGGUCAUGACCCAGUUAUUAAGGGACUACAGUGCCACCGGUGUGAACAGAGCGCCGCACCCCCCGAGAGCUUGUACCAGGAACUGCUCUCAACAAUCAGUCUCGGGGACGACGUGCAGGCGGUGUCCAGUCUCCUGUGUCAAGGCGCCUCCAUAGAGCCCCGGGGUGGCCGCUCCCCCCUCAGACUUGCUGUCACCACCGACCGUGCACGCACCGUCAGCCUGCUGCUGGCGAGCGGCGCCUCCCUGUCCGCCACACUGCUGCAGGAGGCUUGGCAGAGCCCCAAUGUGACCCACAUGGUGCUGGCCUCCCUCACCAGCGCCUACUGCUGCCGGCUGCGUGUGGAGCAGCGUCGUCUGGUAGAGGUCAGCCGCGCUCUUGUCGAGGGCAUCAGCAAUCUGCUGGAAGACAUCGAGGGAAGUACUCCGUGGCUGGCUGCCUGGCGAUCGGGCGAGGACACUGACCACGCAACUCUGAGCGACCUCCUGGCAAAGGCUGCGGCUGCCAACUGCCCCGUGACUGCCGCCUUCCUGCAGAGUGCAGGGGCGUGGCCUUUCUUUAGCCAAGCCUCGGGUGGCAGCGCCCUGCACGCAGCGCUGGACGCCGGCCACCAGACCAUGGCCGAGGCGCUGAUCAGGGACCUCGGGGGCUGCCCUUACGUGCCGGACACACACGGUCGCCUUCCAGUGCACAUGAUGAGUGACGAGGAGCGACAGAGGCUGGAGCAGAGGCUCUUCGAGGAGGAGCAAGAGAAGCUGAAGGAUUUGGAGCUUCUGCAGAAAGCAGAUCGCGAGAAGGCGGCGGCACGGACAGCGCUGGACGUGCAGAAGGUUCUUUUUGACACCCACAAGAAUGGAGAGGACAAGAAUGUUUCUGCAGGUGAUGGCCGCGCCGCCCUGCUGCUGGCCGCUCGCAAAGGCCUUCUGCAGCUGACUCAUCUGCUGCUGCGGGAGGGUCGCCGCCCAGUGGACGAGGUGGUGGACGACACCUGCGGCACCACCGCCCUCCACCAGGCGGCUUCGCACGGCCAGGACGGUUGCGUGGCGCUGCUGCUGAGCGCAGGCGCCAACACACAGCAGCGCGACAGCUACGGCCAGACCCCCCGACUCCUUGCCGCCAUGUUUGGCCACACAAGCACUGCUGACUUGCUGGCCCAACAAGAUGUGCAGGACGUUCCUUGCCGCGCGGGCACCACCGCCAAGCAAGUGACGCGAGGAUUUGAAGCAUACUUGCAGCUUUAUGAGAAGCAUGCCCAUGAUCCUCUGACUCCAUUUGACCGCCACAACCCCGACGGCGUCACAAGGAAGCUCAUGAAAUGCAUACGUGUAGGAAAACUGCAACAGGAGGCUCAGCGGGUGGCUGUUGACUUAUCAGAAGGUGAGGCCCUUCAAAUACACGAGGCGGUGAUGGCGGAACUGAAAGUCAUCAUGGAUAAUGUGUCAGCCGCGGACCCCACCUACCGCGGCGACCUGAGGCUGGCGGGCAGCUCUCGGGACGGCUCCAAGUUGUACGCCCCAGAUGAGUUUGACGUAAAUAUCGUGAUUCACGGUGAUGACGCAGGAGUAAAUGUUAGUGAGAGAAGGAAGGAGGAAGCCCUGCUGAAGGGCAGGUUACAGAUCUCUGUGAAGACUGACAACCCCAACCUUAAGGGGAAUAGUUUCAUGGC